GUGAAUCGUUUCAUCCAACAUGUCAGACGCGAUGGACGUUGAGAAUUUAUUUGUGAUUGUAGUACAUUUAAGCUAAAAACAGUAUUCUACUUUUUAAAAUAUGUUACUAAAGUUUAAGUUAGAGUUUCGUUGAUUAAUUGUUUCUAUUUUAAAAGAUGUUUACAAUUUGAGUUGACCCUUGAAUGAAUGAAAAUUAUUAGGAUGUGAUUAGGUCCAACAAUUAAAUUGGUAGAUGUAGGUGCAGAUUCAGUUAUAAGUGGUAAAAGUGGCAAAUAUUAUUGCAUUUAGAAGUGAGCUAUGGUCUGAUUAUAUUUUAAUGUAAAUAAAAAAUAUUGUUUGUACGCGCAUGCGUUUUUAUCGAAAACAGACAAAGGUUUUGUGUGGUUUGAAAUCAGCUGUAUUGUGUGCAAUGACUUAGUGAUACGAAAAGUGUGUGUGUUUUGAAGCGACAAUGUUUAGUGAAAUUGGAUACACAGUUUUCUUACUUCUUGCUUUGCCUUAUAUCGAAAGUGCUUCACGUAGCCGUCUCAACGAGUACAUCGACCACUAUGAGCCGCUCGACUACGACACGGGCGCAGUGCACAAACAGCAUAUGCGAAGGCGACGCUCCACAGACACACUGUCAGACUUGCAACUCGACUUCAGAGCUCACGGGAGGAAGUUCAAUUUGCGGUUGCGAAGAGAUCUCUCCGCCUUCAGUGAUGACUUUAAGGUCGAAGGUUCGCAGGGACAGGUGCACGAAGUGGACACAUCGCACUUAUAUCAUGGCGAGUUGGCAGAUGAGCCACACUCGACGGUGUUUGGUUCGGUGACGGACGGCGUGUUUGAGGGCAAGAUCAUCGCGCACGACGGCUCCUACUACGUGGAGCACGCGCGCCGUUACUUCCCGCCCAACGGGACGCGUACGCGCAUCCAUUCGGUCAUCUACCGCGAGGGCGACGUCAGCGACCCCUACGCGCACCAUAGACAUGGUCACGUGGGCGGCUGCGGCAUCACCGACGAGGUGGUGCAAUGGAUGGAGCGCAUCCAGAACUCGGGCGUGGAUGACGAACCACCCACCACGGCGGCGGGCCCUCCACCCACAGCCGCGCAUCCCGCCCCUCCGCCGCACCCGAACAGUUUGAGGGACGAUCCGCCUAGGCACUGGGAGUUUCCCAACAAAUAUACAAGGGCGGCCAAUACGGGCGAGCACUCGCGGACGAGGCGGGCGACCAUCGACCACCGCAACACCUGCUCCCUCUACAUACAGACGGAUCCGCUCAUAUGGCGGCACGUCAGAGAGGGUUUCCCCGAUCAUCGAGAUCCAACGAAGCAGACUGAAGUCGAUAUGAAGACGCGCGAAGAAAUCCUAUCCUUAAUUUCCCAUCACGUCACAGCCGUCAACUAUAUAUACCGAGGAACAAAAUUCGACGGUCACUUGGAGCACAGAAACAUAAAGUUCGAAGUUCAAAGGAUUAAGAUCGACGACGACUCCAGUUGCAACAUGCAUCACUUCGCCACAGAAACUAACCAGUUUUGCUUGGAGAACAUAGACGUGUCCAACUUCCUGAACCUUCACUCGCUGGGCAACCACGAGGACUUCUGCCUCGCCUACGUGUUCACAUACAGAGACUUCACAGGAGGCACGCUCGGUCUAGCGUGGGUGGCAAGUGCGAGUGGUGCCUCGGGGGGCAUAUGCGAAAAGUACAAGACGUACACAGAGACGAUAGGGGGCAUGUAUCAGAGCACCAAGCGAUCUCUCAACACCGGCAUAAUCACAUUCGUCAACUACAACAGCCGAGUUCCGCCAAAGGUCAGCCAGCUGACUCUCGCGCACGAAAUCGGUCACAAUUUCGGAUCACCGCACGACUACCCAUCCGAAUGCCGGCCUGGCGGCGCAGCGGGCAACUACAUAAUGUUCGCGUCGGCCACUUCCGGCGAUCGGCCGAACAACAGUCGAUUCUCGUCGUGCUCCGUCGGCAACAUCAGCGCCGUGCUCGACGCUGUGCGCGACGGUCGCAAACGGAAUUGCCUCACCGCCAGCGCAGGCGCAUUCUGUGGGAACAAGAUAGUGGAGGUUGGCGAGGAAUGUGAUUGUGGAUAUGACGACAAUGAAUGCAACGAUCAAUGUUGUUACCCGCGACAAAUCUCAUCAUACGACAAGGAAAAGAACAUUACUGCCAAAGGCUGCACAAGGAAAGCCAAUACUCAAUGCAGUCCAUCACAAGGGCCAUGCUGCCAUUCGUCAUGUCAGUUCGUGCACUCGCGCGCGAACCAGACUUGCCGCGAAGCGUCUGAAUGCAGCCACGCUUCGUUCUGUUCGGGCGCUUCUGCGGAAUGUCCAGAACCCAGGGCUAUGCCGAAUCACACCAAAUGCAAUAAUGGCACGCAGCUGUGCAUCGGUGGCGAGUGCAGCGGCUCGAUAUGCCUCGCGUGGAAUAUGAAAGAGUGCUUCCUUUCAUCGGCGCCGACGCGUGUAGGCGACGUUGUGGUUGCGGUGGCGGACCGGCGGGCUCUCUGCCAGCUGGCGUGCCAGACGGGGCCAGGACCUGACUCGUGCCAGAGCACGGCGGAGUUCGCGGACAAAGUGGGCCUCCCGAAAGGGGGCAUCGCGCUGCGACCUGGCUCGCCAUGCGACAACUUCCAGGGUUACUGCGACGUGUUCCUGAAAUGUCGAGCGGUAGAUGCGGAAGGUCCCUUGGCUCGGCUCAAGAAUCUCCUCCUAAACCGUGCCACACUGCAAUCAGUGCAGGCGUGGGUGACGGAACAAUGGUGGUUGGUGCUAGUAGGCGGAGUGCUGCUAAUCGUGUGCUGCGGCGCCUUCGUCAAGUGUUGCGCCGUGCAUACGCCUUCCUCCAAUCCCAAGAGGCCGCCAGCCAGGCGGUUGUCAGAAACGCUACGUCGUCCGAUGAACACAUUACGCCGCAUGCGUCAUCCUGCCGCUCACGGAAGAGAAGCUCGAGCUCCUCCCCGCCCCGGGCAUCGGCGCGCGCGACCGCAUAAAGGAUACGCCGCGCCGCUCGCUUAUACGCCCCGAGAUAACGCGUCAGCGCCACCCGGUCCGAGCGGCCGGCGCGAGCCAUACGCGAACGCAUACCCGCAAUCGUACGAGAUGCGGCCCGCCCAAAAGGUCUGACAGUACGAGUACUGUGCGGGCGAGUUGGAGUUAGUCGCUUUGGCGCCCGGCGUGCCCCUUUUAUUAGGGUAUGUAUUGAGGCCGGACGCGACCGCGCCACUAGCCGCUCCCGCUAACGCGCCCGCGACCGCUUGUGCCGCCGCGCCCUCCCGUCGCCCCGACAGAACGCAAACGGUCGCGUCGCAGACCACGAUCACUCUACACUCCCCCGAUUCGCUCACAGUCACGCACCCGCAUCGGAUGCAAGCGGACAUAUAAAAAACAUACUUAUUCAUCAUUGUUAACGCCAAUCCGUCAUGCCUAUAUCCCACUAUGGACAUGCGCCCCUCUUC